AUGCCUGAUAUAGUUAAAGCCGGUGACCCGGUUCUGCACGAGCCCGCCCGAGAAGUUGACCAGAAGGAAAUUCGGUCGGAGAGAAUACAGAAGAUAAUUGAUGAUAUGGUUAAGGCUAUGAGAAUGUCUCCUGGUGUAGGCCUUGCUGCUCCUCAGAUUGGAAUCCCCUUAAGGAUCAUAGUUUUGGAAGAUACAGCAGAAUAUAUUGGUUAUGCACCCAAGGACGAGACCAAAGCACAGGAUAGACGCCCUUUUGAUCUUUUGGUGAUCGUGAACCCAAAGCUUAAGAAGAAGAGCAAUAGGACUGCAUUCUUUUUUGAGGGCUGUCUGAGUUUGUACUUUGGGAGUAUGAUGGACAUUUUUGCUAAGUCGGGCUAUGUCCUCACACCAAUCCACCAUAAGAGGGAAGGGGGCAAUAAAAGGAUUGACAUAACCACCGGUAGAAUGCGGCAUUAUAAGCGAGCCUAUGAGGAACAAGGCAAUGCUGGUGGUGUUGCACAAGGGCUUAAAGGCGCGAAGGGUAAAAGCUUAGCUGGUUUUGCAUUACUCGUUGAUGGAUUCAGAGCAAUUGUGGAGCGCAAUCUUGAUGUUGAGGUUACAGGUUUGAGUCGCGAUGGCCAGCUUAUCAAAGUGGAUGCUUCUGGUUGGCAAGCUCGCAUCCUACAGCAUGAAUGUGAUCAUUUGGAAGGAACUCUUUAUGUUGACAAGAUGGUCCCAAGAACAUUCAGAACUGUGGAAAAUUUGGACUUGCCUCUUGCUGAGGGCUGCCCAAAGCUUGGUUCUCGCUAG